UGGGCGCCGAGAGAGGGAAUGGCGGCGGCGAGCCGGCUGAGCGGGGCGCCGCUUUCCGCCGCGGUCGGCGCGCUGGAACUUCCAGAUGUUUAUUGAGUCAGUUAUGUGCUGACUCUGCUGAGUGCUGAGUCUGUGUUAUAUGCUGACGCCACUGGCAUCUGUAGUUUCAUCGGGGCCAUGUCGGAGCGAGAAGAGCGACGCUUUGUGGAGAUCCCGCGUGAGUCGGUGCGCCUCAUGGCUGAGAGCAUUGGUCUGGAGCUGAGUGAUGAGGUGGCAGCCCUGCUGGCUGAGGACGUGUGCUACCGGCUUCGAGAGGCCACGCAGAACAGCUCCCAGUUCAUGAAACACACCAAACGGCGGAAGCUGACUGUGGAGGAUUUUAACAGAGCCCUCCGGUGGAGCAGUGUGGAGGCCGUGUGUGGUUAUGGGUCCCAGGAGGCACUGCCGCUUCGCCCUGCGCGUGAGGGUGACCUCUACUUCCCUGAGGACAAAGAGGUCAACCUGGUGGAGCUGGCCCUGGCCACCAACAUCCCCAAAGGCUGUGCUGAGACAGCUGUGAGAGUUCACGUCUCCUAUCUGGAUGGCAAAGGCAACUUGGCACCCCAAGGCUCCGUGCCCAGUGCUGUGUCUUCCCUGACCGAUGACCUGCUCAAGUACUACCAGCAGGUGACCCGGGCCGUGCUGGGUGAUGAUCCGCAGCUGAUGAAGAUCGCUCUCCAGGAUCUACAGACCAACUCCAAGAUCGCAGCACUUCUCCCGUACUUCGUGUAUGUGGUCAGUGGGGUGAAAUCUGUAAGCCACGACCUGGAGCAGCUGCAUCGGCUCUUGCAAGUGGCUCGGAGUUUGGUGCUGAACCCGCACCUCUGCCUGGGGCCCUACGUCCGUUCUCUGGUGGGCAGCGUCCUCUACUGUGUCCUGGAGCCCCUGGCUGCCUCCAUCAACCCCCUGAAUGACCACUGGACUCUGCGGGACGGAGCUGCCCUCCUGCUCAGCCACAUCUUCUGGACUCACGGAGACCUGGUCACUGGCCUCUACCAGCAGAUCCUGCUCUCCCUGCAGAAGGUCUUGGCAGACCCCGUGCGGCCUCUCUGCUCUCACUACGGGGCCGUGGUGGGGCUGCAUGCUCUUGGCUGGAAGGCGGUGGAACGCGUCCUGUACCCUCACCUUUCCACUUACUGGACAAACCUGCAGGCCGUGCUGGACGACUACUCCGUGUCUAACGCCCAGGUCAAAGCCGACGGCCACAAAGUCUACGGGGCCAUUUUGGUGGCCGUGGAGCGGCUGCUGAAGAUGAAGGCGCAGGCGGCGGAGCCCGGCAAGGGCGGCCCGGGCGGCGGCCACGUGGGCGGGCGGCGCUGCGAGGACCUGCCCUGGGACGGCCUCCUGCUGCAGGAGUCGCCCGCGGGGGGCGGCGCGGAGCCGGGCUUCGGGGCGGGCCUCCCCGCCGCCCCUCCGGCCGGGGGCGCGGGGACCGAGGAGCCGGCGGCCGCCGUGGCGCUGGCGGACGUGUACCGGGAGCUGUACGCCUUCUUCGGCGACAGCCUGGCCACGCGCUUCGGCACGGGCCAGCCGGCGCCCUCGGCCCCGCGGCCGCCCGGGGACAAGAAGGAGCCGCCGGCCGCGCCGGACUCGGCGCGCAAGAUGCCGCAGCUGACGGCCGACGCCGUGGCCAGCCCGCCGGGCGGCGACAGCCCCCGCGGCGCGGGCGGCCCGUCCUCGGCCUGCGGCCCCGCCAACGCCGCCGCCGGCGCGGAGAGCCGGCCGCUGCCGCGCGUGCACCGGGCGCGGGGGGCGCCCCGCCAGCAGGGCCCGGGCGCCGGCACGCGCGACGUCUUCCAGAAGAGCCGCUUCGCGCCGCGCGGGGCGCCGCACUUCCGCUUCAUCAUCGCCGGGCGGCAGGCCGGGAGGCGCUGCCGCGGGCGGCUCUUCCAGACCGCCUUCCCCGCGCCCUACGGGCCCAGCCCGGCCUCGCGCUACGUGCAGAAGCUGCCCAUGAUCGGCCGCACCAGCCGCCCGGCCCGCCGCUGGGCGCCCUCGGACUACUCGCUCUUCCUGCCGCUGUGACUCGCGGGCGGGCAAUAAAGGCGCGCCGGAA